AUGUUCUCAAUUUAUCCAUUAUUAACUUACAAAUCAUUUGAUGAAGCAACAAUCAUGUUCAAAUAUAUGAUUUUCACUGGAAUGCCAUAUAAACGAUCACCUUGCUGGGGUAUUCAUCAGGAACCAAAUAGACUACUUAGUUAUUAUCCAUUUGAUAUACAAGAAUAUCGACGAGCUUAUUUAACAUUUUCAGAAUGGAUAUUGAAUAAUUUUGAAUUACAUUCUAAAUUCGAAUUGACAUCUAUUCAAAAGAAAUUACAAGAGAGUCAUAAAUCAGAACAAAUACCUAUCUGUUAUAAACAAUGUCAAAAUCAAUCGUUUAGUACAUCAUCAACAGAAACAACAUUUACUGGAGAUUAUAUUGCUGUUAUGAAUCGAGCCGGUAUCGGUCGUCGAGAAUUAACUAAUGCUGAUGAAUUAGUGGAAGCACUAUUGAAAGCAUUUCCUGAUCAUAAAAACUCUUAUCUACGUGUUUGGCCAAAACAAUUCGAUUUUAAUGAUGAUCUCUAUGAAACAGCACGUAUGGCUCGAUCAAUUCGUGUUCUUAUCGCAGUGCAUGGAGCUGGUAUAUCGAAUGCUAUUUUCAUGCGACCAGGUACGAUUCUCUAUGAAAUCACUCCACCUGGUUGUCGUAUGUUGACAUUUUUUUAUCGACGUUGGGCCGAAGUAUUCAAUCUUCAAUAUGCACUAUGGAGUCCUGGAGAUAAAGGUGAUGCUUGUACACAUGAAGGAAACAUUAGGGUGAAUGUGGCUGACGUUGUUAGUGAUGUCAUCAACUUAGUUCAAAAUGAAAAUCGAUAUAGAAGUGGUUAUAUAUCACGAGCACUCGAUAUUAUACGGAAAGAAUAA